AUGAUAGUUGUUUUACCUGGAUCAACUGCCAGACUAAAGUGGUCAUUUGUGGGCAAUCCUGCUCGAGCAUCUCUACUUUGGUAUUUCACAAGAAGAGGUGGUUCAAAGGCGGAAGAGCUUGCUGUAAAAUUUCGCACCAUGGACGUUUUAAUUGCUAACAGCAGCCUGCCUGGGGUUGCAAUAGAAACACCAGCAACGUUGGUUCUAAAGAAUGUUGAUGAACGUUAUAAUGGAAAAUACUACUUUAAUGUUCUAGUAUCUGGUGGAGGUGGUGAGGUUGCAGUUGAGGUUUUUGUUUUAGGUACGUUUUGUUGAAGUACAGUAGGUAACAUUUCAGAUAUGCUUAUAAUUCUAGGUUGCAUGGACAUGGCAAAGGUGGUCAAGGCAACAUGUACGGUAGAAAUCUUUACCAUUAUAAUUUUAAUUAGUUCGUAAAGGGAAUGAAACACUAAGGCAACAUCUGCAGUGGAAAUGUUUACUAUUAUAUUGAGCUACACUUUCGCCCUACAUAGUGACUUUCCAAAAUAAACUCUUUUGUGGUUUCAUUACAUUUCAGAGAAACCAACUGUGACAUUCAAUUGUUCCAGGCCCAUCAUAGUAAAUGAAGGUGAUGAUGUCAAGUGUCAAUGUAGAGGUGAAGGUGGAAAUCCUCCUGCAGACGUUACAUGGUAUAAAGGUAGCAACAAAAUUGGUGGAACAGGAAGAGAAGAACAAUCAUUAACUUUCAGUAACGUUGAUAAAACAGCCAGUGGAACAUAUAAAUGUGUAGCCAAGAGCCAUAAUGUAACGGAUGAAAAAUCAAUCGAAGUAAUUGUUUAUUGUAAGUAGAUAAUUGCAUGCAUGAUAUUAACUUCAUAUUAACAAAACUUCAAAGAGCAAUACAUGUAAAUUAUUUCAAAAUUCUUGUUAGAAUAUAUUUCAAAUGAUAGGAGUAUGCACCUUAUAAUGCCGAAAAUGCUUAAUUAUACCUAUAUCAGCACUGAAAUCCUUUGGCUACAUGCAUAUUGGCUGAAAGCGUAAACAAUUCGGCUAUCUCAGUAUUUACAAUGAAUAAAGGCAUGCAAAGCUUCCUAUCAGCGAGCCCCAGAUCCUCAUCAGUGCAAAUAAAAAUUUUAUCAUUUAGUUAUAAAGAGUUUGUGUUUUUAUCAUAGACGCAGUUCCACCUACAGUGAUACGCCUUACGUCGACUCCGGAAAAUGUCGUAUUUGGUGAAUCAGUUGUGAUAACGUGUGAAGCUAUAGCCGUGCCUUUACCAAGUUAUACUAUAAUCCAUAACGACACUGAAGUCGUCAGUACUCACAAGACAUAUAUAAUAACUGUUCUUGAAUAUAGUCAUGCUGGGUCAUAUAAAUGUAUUGCAACAAGCGUACUUGGAAAUAGUUCAAAGGAAUUCAGUUUGUCUGUCGGAGGUAACUAUAACAUAUACAAUCUUUUCUAUGAUUGAAUUAUCUUUUAAAAAGUAAUAUACUGUAGUCUAUCAAGCUGAAAAUGUACUAGGCAAAAAGGGCAGAUUCUUUCUUAACAAUCUGAUUUCAUUUACAGUAACACGAACAACGAAUGCUCCAACUACAAAAGAUUUCGGACCAGGUAAGGUGGUUUUCUUUUCCUAACAUGGUUCAGAAAGUAUGAUGUUUGUUUUCUUUUUAACUGACAAGAAACAAAUUGUUUAGAAAAUUGGUAAGUCCAUAUCGGUAACUGUAUUCUUCUUAAUUUUCAGGAAAAGCAGCUUCAGAAGAAUGUAAUUGCAGUGGAACUGUAUGGUAUAUGGUUGUGGUAAUAUUGGUGUCUGGGAUUAUCAUUGGAAUUCUUUUUUCCUACAUUGUCUCAUGUUCUCGUCGUAAAUUUAGAAGCAGGAAACCGAAUUCAAACCCUGAACCAAAGACAACUGAAGUUGACACAACUUAUCAAGAGCUUGAUCUUUCAAAAAUGAACACGGAAGAUAAUUAUCAAUCGUUGAGAAACAGAGGUCCUCAAUCAAAUCCCGAACCAAAGACAACUGAAGUUGACACAACUUAUCAAGAGCUUGAUCUUUCAAAAAUGAACACAAAAGACAAUUAUCAAUCAUUGAGAGUUAAUGCUGGAAAUAAUGAGGAGGAGUCAACUUAUACUGAAUUAAACCAAAUCAGAGAUGUGGAGGAUAACUACCAAUCUCUAACUUGA